CCUCGCACACCCAGAUGGUUCUCCCCCCACCCUUCGCCCCGAGACACCGUCCCUGGACCCUCAGUUCAGACAGGACACAUCCUCCCCACGUGCACCAAGGCCACAGCGACCCUCCUGCCAAUUCCCUACAAGCCCCUGCUAGCAUUUGCAGUUGCUACCUUCCUUCCGUUAAAAAAUGCAGUUCCUUACCAUCCCCGUCUCUGUGACCGAUGGGAUGCUCUGCUUGAUGGCAGAGAAAGGUGUUGGUCCCAUUCCUACAAUGGCAGAGCCAGGACGCUAUGGAAUAGCUGCCACAGCCCCGCCAUCGGAGAGCCUGCUUGUCUUUUUAAAAUUUUAAAAUCUAGGCACUGGUUCUUCGACAGGAGAGAAAGGAAUAACGUAGGAAAGAGCUCCAGAAGGAGAAAAGUUGUCAAGUGGUGAAGAGCUAGCGCUUGACACCCUCCAGCCUUGCUUGAAAACCUCCUGCUGUCCUCACAGUCAGCGCGAACUCAGGAAGAUCGACUCCCACUGGGUCCGCGGUGUCUGUUCACAACGCAGGGAUGCUAGCUCGUGCUGCGCGGGCAAGUCUGGUUCUCUCGUGCCCCUGCUCUGCCAGCUCUUGGCUCCUUCUUGUCCCCCUUCCUGAGGGCCCCUUGGUCAUUCUCAGUGUAAAGAUUUCAGAGUUGCUCAUUCAGAGGAGUAGCCAACAGGAGGGCCCUUCCUUCUGUCUCCCUUUUUCUUCUCUCGGGUACCCCUUCUAGUGCCCCCAUCCAUCCCCAGAGGAAGGGCCCAGAAAGAGGACAUGGCUCCUGGGCAAAGGAAGGCAAGGACGCAGGUGUCCGUGACGUUCAAGGACGUAGCUGUUCUCUUUACCCGGGCUGAAUGGAACGAGCUAGAGCCUUCUCAGAGGGACUUGUACCGGGAUGUGAUGCUGGAGAACUACAGCAACCUGGUUUCGUUGGUAGGACCCCCAUUUUCCACGCCACAAGUGAUCUCCCUGUUACAGCAAGGAGAAGAGCCUUGGAAGGUGGAGAGAGACACUCCUGGAGGCUCCUCUCUGGGAUGGGAGAACUGUCCAAAAGCCACAAAGUCAACUCAAACACAUGAUUCAUCAUUUCAAGGACUGACAAUAAAAAGAUCUAAAAGUAAAGGACUGAGAGACUUUAAAUCAGAAAGACUCUGUGUAUAUGAAGAGAGAAUAAAGAAGCAGCCUAAUAAAAAGGGAAGUUUUCAGAUCAUUUCAGUCACUCACAAAAAAAUCCUUACUAUAGAAAGAAUCCAUAAAAAUAUUGAAUUUGGUCAAAACUUCAACCUGAAGUCAGGACUUAGUAGACAACAAAUUUUAACUAGAGAAAAACCACCUGUAAAAUGUGAGAUGCCAGGAAAUGGCUACAAACAGAAUUCAGAUUUGCUUAACCAACCAAAAAUCAACAUGGCAGAGAAGCGCUAUAAGUGUAAUUUAUGUGAGAAAACAUUCACUAACAACUCAUCCCUCCGUAAACAUCUGAAAAACCAUAACGGAGAGAAAUUAUUUAAAUGUAAAGAAUGUUCAAAGGCCUUCAACCAAAGUUCAGCUCUUAUUCAACAUCAAAUAACUCAUACUGGAGAGAAACCAUAUGUAUGUCAAGAAUGUGGCAAAGCUUUCACUCUUAGUACAUCUCUUUAUAAACACCUGAGAACCCAUACUGUGGAAAAAUCCUACAGAUGUAAAGAAUGUGGAAAAUCCUUCAAUCGAAGGUCAGGACUUUUUAUACAUCAAAAAAUUCAUGCUCAGGAAAAUCCCUAUAAAUAUAACCCAGGUAGGAAGUCAUCUCUUCCUGGAUGUCAGAGAAUUCAUCCCAGAAAGAAGUCUUAUCUGUGUAAUGAAUGUGGCAACACCUUUAAAUCUAGCUCAUCUCUUCGUUAUCACCAGAGAAUUCACACUGGAGAGAAACCUUUUAAAUGUAGCGAAUGUGGGAGAGCCUUCAGUCAGAGUGCAUCUCUUAUCCAGCAUGAGAGAAUUCACACUGGAGAAAAACCUUACAGGUGCAAUGAAUGUGGAAAGGGCUUCACUUCUAUUUCCCGACUUAAUAGACACCGGAUAAUUCAUACUGGUGAGAAGUAUUAUAAUUGUAAUGAAUGUGGUAAAGCCUUAAGUUCCCACUCAACACUUAUUAUUCAUGAAAGAAUUCAUACCGGAGAGAAACCGUGUAAAUGUAAAGUGUGUGGGAAAGCCUUCAGACAAAGUUCAGCGCUCAUUCAACAUCAGAGAAUGCAUACAGGUGAAAGACCCUAUAAAUGCAAUGAGUGUGGGAAAACAUUCAGGUGUAACUCCUCUCUCAGUAAUCAUCAGAGAAUUCAUACUGGAGAGAAACCAUAUCGAUGUGAGGAAUGUGGAAUAUCAUUUGGCCAAAGUUCAGCUCUCAUUCAACACAGAAGAAUCCAUACAGGAGAGAAACCCUUUGAAUGUAAUACAUGUGGGAAAACUUUUAGACAAAGCUCAUCUCGUAUUGCACAUCAGAGAAUUCAUACUGGAGAGAAACCAUAUGAAUGUAACACAUGUGGGAAACUUUUCAACCACAGGUCAUCCCUAACUAAUCAUUAUAAGAUUCAUAUUGAGGAGAACCCUUAAAAAUAUAUUUGCAUGUGUGAAAGCCUUAAACCAAAGCUCAUUAUAGAAUAAAUACUUGAGUGAUAUAAUAAAAUAACACACAAUUUCUACAAUAAUGUAUUCCUCGUCACAUAUAUUACAAGGAUAAACUUUGAAUACAUAAUAAACAUGAGGAACACAUGACUACACUUUUUAAAGCUGAGAUGAAGAAUUUCACAAAAGGACACAUUGGAUAUUUAUAAAACAAAAGGUUUCAGUUUUUUUUCGCUAAUGCAAUGUCAGUGUACAAUAGAUAUUGUAAGUAUCAAAUAUCUUGGAGGCUAUAGUUAUGUGUGCUGGAUUCUCACUAGAAAAACAAACUACAAACAAGUAAUAUAUUUUUAUAACAUUUUAAUAACAUGAAAUAAUUGAUCAAAGAAUUUAUGCAUUGUUAAAAGGACAAAAUAAAAGACAAAACAAGCUAAUCUACCUCUUAGUCUCUCGAGUUUGUCCUUGUCCUGACUUACUAUCACUUUUGUGCCCGAAUUUCACUGAAAAAUAAAAUGUGUGCUCUUUUUC